AUGGAUGGUAAGCAAAGUAGAACAACCCUCCAAACUUUGUAUCAUUCUAGAGACAAAUGGGAGUGCCUGAUCUUAAAUUAUAUUAUGAAGCCUUUCAACUCAAAAAAACGAGGCAUAUUAUUAAUAAUACACUGAAGAUCCUGUGGGUUCAAAUGAAAUUAUUUUGCACCACCCCUUCAAUUAAUGCUCUGCCCUUGUAAAAUCCUUCCUGAGCAUGGAUUGGGAAAAAUACAUGCUACAUAAUUGGCACUUUCUGAAAUAACAUUCAAACCAAAACACAGCCAGCCACCCAUUGAAAUCCAUAUUUCUGCAAGGUUUCCAGAAUGCCUUCUAGUCCUGUUUUCCUGGAUGAGUUUUAGCUGGCACAGCUCAAGAAUGUGGACAAAAUGCUCGGAUUGGUGCAAGUGACCACAUGUGCUCUUGGCGCUUGCCCUUCAUAGCUGAUAAAAAUUGGUAAAGAUGGGACAGCUGGUUGGGCCAGAGAGCCUUCUCAUGAGAGGGAGGAGUCCUGGCUUACUUAAAGUGCCACACCUUGAGAAGGCUUCUCUGGAUCCAGAAAAUGUAGUCUACUAUUGAGGGUCACUGGGGACGCGGGUGGCACUGUGGGUUAAACCGCAGAGCCUAGGACUUGCCGAUCAGAAGGUCAGCAGUUCGAAUCCCCGCGACGGGGUGAGCUCCUGUUGCUUGGUCCCUGCUCCUGCCCACCUAGCAGUUCGAAAGAACGUCAAAGUGCAAGUAGAUAAAUAGGUACCGCUCCAGCAGGAAGGUAAACGACAUUUCUGUGCGCUGCUCUGGUUCGCCAGAAGCGGCUUAGUCAUGCUGGCCACAUGACCCGGAAGCUGUACGCCGGCUCCCUCGGCCAAUAAAGCGAGAUGAGUGCCGCAACCCCAGAGUCGGUCACGACUGGACCUAAUGGUCAGGGGUCCCUUUACCUUUACCUUUAUUGAGGGGUCACUAAUGUCCACAUCCUGGGUAAGGUUCUUGAGCACGUGGUUGAUAACCAAAUCCUGACUCUCCUGGAUGAGACUGAUUUUCUAGAUCCAUUUCAGUCAGAGUUUAGACCUGGUUUUGGCAUGGAAACUACUGUGUAUGAUGAGCUGGCUGCCCUGUAUGAGGGAGAGUGUGACCCUGUUGAUUCUCCUUGGUCUCCAGGUGGCUUUUGAUACCAUUGAAUGAUGCUUCCAUUUGCUCUGCUAAGUUUUAGGUUCUGGAGAUUCCAGCAAGCUGAACGUUGAAGAAAGGAACUUGCCCGAAAAUUGUCACAUUCCCUCCCCCCAAAAAGCAAAGAAAGGGAGAAAAUAGGGACAUGUGGGAAUAUUUCACAAACUGAUGCGGAGUUAUAUAAAGUGAUGCUUUUUCAGGAUGACUGUGGGGCAUGAAUAGCUUCUUGGAAGAAGCACAAACCCAACACUUUCCUUUCCAGCUGAACACUAUUUAUUAACUUCCAGCGGAAGGUGUGGGUGAGUUCCCUUGAGAAUGACUUAUAAUGGCCAUUGUCCUAGAAGGUCCUUAUGUGCUCAGCUGCUCCCACAGAUUUCAACAAAAACUAUUUGUGCUCAACACCUUUCAAGCCAUGGCACGGAGAGACUUCAGAAACACGUGCUUUGACAUUGGCCUGCUCCUUCGGCAAUCUCACAAUAUUUCGUCGUCAUGGUAAUAUUUUUGGUUGCAGGGAAAUCGCUUGGUCCUUCACAGCUAAUAUGCCAGGGAACAUUUUCUUCCAACUGUUCUUUUUAACUAACGUCUUUUGUUGAGAUGCCAGCAACUUGGUUUGCAGUCACUUAUCGAUGAAGCCCGUGGGAUGACUUCCGUGAAAAUAACAGUGCUUUGUCGUUGACCUUAUUGAAGAGUUAAUGUUUGUAUCUGGUGUCAGAACUGGGUUCCCCCAAAAAAAAAUUCCAGUGCCCUAAAAGGGGGUAGGGGCUCCUGUAGAUAUAAAACUAAAACUUAAUUUUAUUACCUUGAGCAUGCUAACCAUUGCAAUGUGCUGUGCUUCUCAACAGGCAAUCUGACCUUAGAAACACAACAUGUCCAAGAUUCCAAGAUGGGCUUUGUGAUUAACGCAAUAUACUCCAUGGCUUACGGCCUGCAUAACAUGCAGAUGGCACUUUGCCCAGGCUACGCGGGUCUUUGUGAUGCUAUGAAGCCCAUUGAUGGACGGAAACUCCUCGAUUCUCUUAUGAAGGCCAACUUCACUGGAGUUUCUGGGGAUAUGAUCACAUUCGACGAGAAUGGAGACUCACCGGGACGGUACUGUUAAAUAGCUAUCAAUCUGGAAAGCAUGAAACACCUUAAUCGUUGCUCCGUGUCUUUCUUGUAACUAUUAGGAUGUGUGCCUUGCUAAAUUCCUAUCCAGGCAUCACUCAACUGUCUAGUGAGAAGCAGGGGUCCGUAUGUUUGCUGCUCAGCCUGCAAUGUGGAAACAUCUGUGAAUGGGCAUUAUCCACAUAUUAAGCUGAACGUGAUGGGUAUCUCUCAUGCAGAAACAGCUUUCUGAGUGGGGCAGAGCUUUUGUGCUAUCUUCCCGGCAGGUGGAUCAGCCAUGCUUACUGGGAGGGAGAGGAUGAAGCAGUGGGGAGGUCGGCAAAGUGUAAAUGCACCAGCAGGAGUGCCAGAUUGGCUCCAUUUGCACCACACCAACAUCCCCACUGCCUCACCCCUUCCCCUCUUCCUCCCAGUAAGCAGCACCUGCUGGAAGCUAGCCUGGUGAAUUGUUUCUGCCUCCAUGUGGAUGAGAGCGCUGCAAGUAUCUUUUUAAACACACCAUGGCUAUACCAUGGAUCGACUGGCUGAUUUAUGCAGAAGUCUAAAUGAUACCUUACUCUCAUACUAUUUUGGAUUCAUUUGAAUUAGCUGGUUGGCAGAGAACCUCCGUCAGCGAGUGCUUUUGAUCACUUGAAGCAAGUGUCAAAAGACUUAAGCUUUUUUUCCUUGGCAGGCAGUCAACUAAUUUCUCUCCUUCUCUCUGUCUGACUUUCUCUUCCCUCUGAAUGCCCAGGAAAAAAGGUCUCACCUCUAUUAUAUAUUAUCCACAGCAGGGAAAUUAUACUUUGGGUCACAUAAGUUGUGUGUGCGGGAAAAUAUAUAUCAGUAUUUCAGGGCUUCUGAGAAUCACAUCAUUUUCAGUGUGAAAGUUUUCAAGUGAAACUUACACUGUCUAAUACGCCGCCUUUCAGUUGGUGAUGCAAAUAAUAGGCAAAAACUCAGCCCCAGUGACACCUGCCUAAACCGCCAAUUAUUUGGAAAAGUCGCACAUUCAAAUUACACUUUAAUAAACCCUUUUAAAGGACUGUGGUCUCUGAAGCUUAUAAAAGGACUAGGAGGAUCCAUGCAGGCGAGAAAACACAGUGGCUCUUAGCCAAGUCUCUGCAGUGUGGAGUGUGGACCUCUUACUCAUGGUCAGAGAGAAAUGAUGCUAUGAUGAUCAACAUAUAGGAAGAUGAGUAGACUCCACAGGUGAAUGGGCAAUGCCAUGUCCUUCUCCAUGGUUGAUGAUGCUCUGCAGUGAGCAGUGAUCCAGAAUGGCCAGGAACUUACACAGAUAGGGCAAGGGGAUUGUAAAGAUCACAUUGGUUUAGGGUUGGAUGUGGGAUCUCAGUGGGAUUCUGCUCACAGGAACUCUGGAUCCAGCCAUUAACUUCAGGGGAAGGGUGGUGGCUCGGUGGUAGAGCAGAAGACAGUCCCAGGUUCAAUUCCCAGCAUCUCCAGGAAGAGCCAGGAUAAACCCCUUUCUGAAGGCCUGGAGAGCUGCUAACUUCAGUGUAGGCAUCACUGAAGUAGAUGGACCAGUGGUCUGGCUCAGUAUAAGGCAGCCUCUUAAAUUCCUGUGUAAUGCCUGACAGCAUUUCAGGGUUGCAUGAAUCACAGAACACCAUAGAAUGCCAGUGGAUCUUUUUUUUUGAAAAAUAGGCAUGCAUCAUUAAUGCAGCAUACCUUUAUCAGAAUUUGUAACCCAAUGUAAUAUUUCAAGUUUUUAAACAAUGCACAGCAUGCUUCUAUUAUGAAGCAGAUACAUUUUAGCCCUGUUUAGUAUAGUCAUAUUUAACUUUGCGUUGUUUCUGUUGGGAAUUUAUAGUUCCUUGUCUGGAUUGCAUAUGCCAUUAUGUAUUAUGGCUUUUUAAUUGUUAAUCUCAAUAGGCAGCAUACCUGUGACACAAUAUGCUGCAGUUGUAUCUGACCACGGCCAAUUUAGAGUAGACUCAUCAAAAUUCUAAGUAGGACUUAGAGUUUGGAUUUGGAUUUGAUAUCCUGCUUUAUCACUACCCGAAGGAGUCUCAAAGUGGCUAACAUUCUCCUUUACCUUCCUCCCCCACAACAAAUACUCUGUGAGGUGAGUGGGGCUGAGAGACUUCAGAGAAGUGUGACUAGCCCAAGGUCACCCAGCAGCUGCAUGUGGAGGAGCGGGGAAGCGAACCCGGUUCACCAGAUUGCCAGUCUAUUGCUCUUAACCACUACACCACACUGGCUCUCAAUGGGUAGCAUUGGGUACCCAAUGGGUAGCAUUGCACUACAUUUUACUCUUGAGUAGGCUCAUUGACAGUAAUGGACCUCGGGCGGCAAAAUGUCUUGGGCUGGUCCUAACAGUGUCCAGUCUUAAGGAUGCUCUUCUAUAUUUGCAUACUGUUCUCUGGGACCAGGUUAAUUUUGACUCCCAGCCUAAAACCCUGAAGAGCUGCUGCCAAACAGUGUGGACAAUACUUAGCUAAAUGGUCUGAGUCUGUAUAAGGCAAUUUCCUUACAUGGCUGUCCUCAGCGCUGUGCUAAACUCAACUGCAUGAUUUGUCCUUUUUGUUCGAAAGGUACGAGAUCAUGAACUUUAAGAAAAUGGGAAAGGACUACUUUGACUAUAUCAACGUUGGAAGUUGGGACAACGGCGAACUGAAAAUGGACGACAACGAAAUUUGGGCCCAUAAAAAUUCUGCCAUCCGAUCUGUCUGCAGCGAGCCAUGUGAGAAAGGAGAGAUCAAGGUAAAUGAAGGUCCUUUUGAGUUCAUGAUGCGCUCAGGGCUUCUGGCUCCCAACCAAAGCUGGGCCCCAGCUUUUGGCAAGCGUUGAAAGCUAAUCUGAAAAUGGGUGAGUAGUUUUAGCUCAAGGGAAGUGUUGGCUGAUCAUACAGAAAUAGCAUCCAUAAAUAGCUUCAGCCCAUUUGGUAAAAUAUAUGUACAGGAGAGAGGUGUAUAAAAUGUGAACGGGGGGCGGAGGCAGGUUAAUUUUCUAAAAAAAAAAUUGCAUAAAGCAAAAUAUUUUUGCAGACAUUGAAAUGUUGAUGUGUGUUCUUCUUAGGUUAUCCGCAAAGGUGAAGUCAGUUGUUGUUGGACUUGCACACGGUGUAAAGAGAACGAAUUUGUCUUCGAUGAAUACACAUGCACAGCUUGCGAGUUGGGUUCUUGGCCCAACCAUGAGCUCACUGGUAUGUAGAUUAUGAUCUUACGAAUGGGACCUGCAACUGGGGUGGGAUUGCUCUGGACAGAAGCACAUCUACCCAUUGAAAUCCACACCUCCCUGAGAUAUGCAACGGCCCUUUCUACAGCCAAAAACUGUAUACAAAAAUGUGCAUAUUAGGGGAAGGUAUGUGUGGAAAUGCACAUAUUGCUGAACAUAGCCAAGAGGAAGGUGUUCUGCCGGGGAAAACUGAUAGCAAAAAAUUUUGCUUAUUGGGCAAAAUUGCAUGCAAAUGUGUAUAUUAGGAAGAAUAGGCAUUAUAAUUCUGAUGAAUUUUUAUAAGGAUUUUUUUAAAAGUUCAUGCAAACUUGGGUGGAAAUGUUGCAAAUUGAAUUUUAAAAUGUGAAGCUAAAAUUAAGAGAUUCACCCAUCCCUACCUGGAACAAAAUGUUGUGGGGUGUUGUCCCAUUCAAGGUUUCAGCCAGCCAUUAUGUCUUCCAGGAAACUAUCUUCUGUUCCUUUUUAAAUAUAUAUAUAUAUAUUUAUUAAAGUUUUCACAAUAUUACAUAAUGAAAAAGAAAAAAGAAAAAAUACAAAAUAAAAAACAGUUAAAAACAAUUCCAUCUUUUCAUCACUUAUCUUUCAUUUACUUGUUUCCCGGACCUCCUCAUACCUCCCUUUUUUGUAUUCCAGUUCAAUUUAUUAAUUCGGCAAUACCUUUCCCUCCUUAUUUUAUCCUGAUCAUUAUCUUAAUAUAUUAUAGCAUUAAAUUUUUACCUGUUAAAAAUCCAUUUUUUUCAUAUUCUUUUAUGAAACUAUCUUCUGUUCCUGUCCCCCUUGGUGCCCUAUGGAGGAAGGGGCUUCACACUCAGGUUUCUAUGGCCCCUUCAGCCAACAGGAUUGAACCCUCUGCUCAUCAGUUGCCGAGUGGAGAGUUCAAUCCUGCUGGGUGCUGCUCUGCAGUGCGUUCCCUGUGGGGAAUAUGCAGGUGAAGCAAACCUUUGAAGCCAGCAGGAUUGGAAUGGAGAAUUUGGUCCUAUGGGGACUGAUGCUUCUGCGCUCUCAGCAUCUGCUGCCAGAGGCAGCUGCCUCACUCUGUCAAAUGGUAGGAGGGUGAUGAGAGGGAGCUGAGACUGGGGAACAGAGCCUAGAAGAAGCAGAUACUUCCUUCUCCCAGGAUAUGGCUGCCUUGGCUGGGUAAAUAGUCUUCCCAUCUUCCAUUUUACUUCCCGGGGAGAAGAACGCAGCAAUGAAAUCCAGGUAGAGCUUCAGCCCAAUGCUAGGGGUGGAGGAACCAGAGUCAGAAGGGGAGGUCACCACUUGGUCUUGAAGGACCAGGCUGCACUCCCAUCACUGGCAACAGAUACAUCGUUCCCAACAAAGUGAGCAUUUGUGGACCCAGCAAUCUUGUAAGGCACAGGAGUCUUACAGGUAAGCGUUCCUUGCCUUGUCUUUCAAGACUUGGCAGGUGGGUGUGCCUACCCAUUGGGACAACUCUGAUCUUUGCCCUGAUCUUGAACUCCUUACACUUCGACCACUGUUCCCCAACCCAUGUAGCCUCAGCUUUCCUGCCCUCUAACCUGAGUGUAGCAGCCUCUGGGACUCAUUACCUGCUACUGAGCCUGUUAGGUCUUCUCUGCUCUCAAGUAAGAUCUCUUCCUUAUUCUCAAGUAAGAACCUGUGUCAUUGUGGUCUGGGCCAGAACUGCGACAAUCACUGCUACCUCCUGUGGGGGCUGAAUCCCAUAUUCUUUGUCACUCAUGGAGCAACCAAAACAAAGAGUUGCUUCCAGAAGCUUUGGAGGCAAGGAUGGAGAGAAGAUGCAAUUAAUUCUUUACCGGCCUUUGCUUUAUCUGCAGGCUAUAUCGGCAUUUUUCAUUCUUAAUGUCCUCUAAAUGUGUUGGAAAUUUGAUUUUUGAGGUGAGAACAAGGAAGCUCGGUAUUUUGGAGUCCGUGAAAUGCUUGAAAGGCUUCUAUUUAAUUGCAAUAGACUUCAAAAAUGUGCUUUUUCCUAUAGUUGGAAGAAAAGUAUCUAACUAAUCUGAUGGAGUAAAUUAAGGACACCCCUGCUUCCUGCCCCCCCACCUUCUCCUUUUCCUGGAUCACAGUUCAGCCCUUUAGCACUUCAAGUGUAAGCUAGCAAGAAGUUCCCUGAAAAGCAGCCAAAGGAAGACUUACCCUAAGCAUACUAAUGAGGUGCUGGAGAACAAUCCCUGAUGUGGAAGCUGAGUUGCCAGCUCGAUUCUUACUGUGCUGCCACCAGAUUUCACCUAGAGCAAAAACAAAGGUGAAUUCGGAGGGUCCUUCUCAAGACAGGACUUUGGAGGAAGCCACUGAGAUCGGUGAGCAUUUCUCAGAGGGCUUUCACAAAUCCCUCCAGACUGAUCUAGACAAGUUGAUUAUCCUCAAAACAGGUCCCUAACAGAGAAGCAGGUGUGGUGGUUAGACUGUCAAACUAGGACCUGAGAGGCCAGGAUUGAAAUCCUUGCUCAGACAUGAAGCUCACUGGGUUAACUCCAGCCAGUCACUGUCUCUCUGCUUAAGGUACCUCACAAGGAUAAAAUGGGCAGGAGGAGAACCAUGCAUCCUACUUUGAGUUCCUUGGAAGAAAGGUGGAGUGUAAAUAACCGAUGUACCAUUCACGCAAUCUGCAAUUAGCCGUCACAAAAGUUAUUACUCAGUAUUCUAUAUGGCAUGACUGGAUUCUCUUCAUAACUUUUUCUCUUCAUAAAUGGGAGUACGCACUCCCAUUUGUUCUGCAUCCAGUGCACUCCUACCUCUGGUUUGGGAAGCAGCGUACACAAAAUAGCCACAAUCCAUAUCUACCAUGUAUCUGUCAUCUCGUUUCUUACUCAAUGUUGUGUUUCGAUGCAUUGUUCCCCCAAAGCAGCUUCAGUCUGUGAAUAAAUAGUGUGAAUAUGAAGUAAAGAACCAGCCUGGUGUAACGUUUAGAGGAAGUUACGGGUAGGUAGCCGUGUUGGUCUGCUGUAGUCGAAACAAAAUAAAAUAAAAAUUCUUUCAGUAGCACCUUAGAGACCAACUAAGUUUGUUAUUGGUAAGAGCUUUCGUGUGCAUGCAUACGAAAUCUGAAGAAGUGUGCAUGCACACGAAAGCUCAUACCAAUAGCAAACUUAGUUGGUCUCUAAGGUGCUACUGGAAGAGGAAAAAAUAUAUUUUGUUUAGAGGAAGGAUAGGAUAGGAAAACCCUGAUUCCAAACCCUAUACAGCCAUGAAGCGCAUUGGUUGUAUCUCAACUUUAACCUACCUUACAGGGCAGUUAGUGGGAUAGCAUGUGGGGGAACCAUUUAUGAUGUUCUGGGUCACAGGAAGGAAGGAAGGAAGGAAGGAAGGAAGGAAGGAAGGAAGGAAGGAAUCUAUCUUGGUCAAGAUUCAGUGCAUUGGUUUGAUUUAAGCUGCAAUCCUAACCUGGAAGUAGGCUCCAUUGAAUUCCAUAGGAUUUACUUUCCAUAAAAGUACAGAGUGGGAGAGGAUGAAAGGCAGCUGUUAAUGGAGAAUAUAAUUCUACCCCUUGUGACGAGGUUGACUGGGAACGUGUGUGUCGCUUUUAAUAAUUGAAAGGAUGGCUGGUGUUCAGUUGUAAAGUGCACUGGAAAUGCAAUCGAGAGUACUGUGAGAGCACAGGUGAGGUUUUCUCAAGGAGCUGAAUACUUGACUAAGCAUCAAGUAGUUUAAGAUAUGAGAAAACCCAAUGCCAGCUAGCUUGUAAGGACUCAACAGGGGGCCCCAAAAAACAGCAACGACAAGCUUAGAAGAGCAAUCAAAUAUCAGCUUUAUGAGUAACAAUCAAGGAGCUGCUGGGAAGGUCAACUGCCCCGAGGAGGAUUAUAUCAAACUAGGAAAUCUGCAUGAAGUAAGGAAAGCGGGAAGUGAUUUUCUGAGAAAUCUCUUUUUGUGGACAUGGAAUUCCCAGUUGGAUUUGCACAGGCCAGUUCCUUUGGAAUUCCCUCUCAUCAAAUAUGAGUCAGGCCCCAUCUCUGUUGCCUUUCGGCAUCUGCUGAAGACCUCCCUCUUCUGAAACAAUUUCCCAGUUUGCACCUGCAUUUUAGAUGUUUUCAAUCCUUUGUGCAUUUGCCUCACUGAAUCCUUUGGGAAGAAAGGUGGGAUAUACAUUUAAAUAAUAACAAUACAAAUGAUAAUCAUUUGACAUGCCCACUGCAAGAGUUUACGUGUAUGGGUGUCUGUGUUAACACAUUUUGGAAGAACAAGAUGGCGAAACACAAGCUGUGUCUGCUGCAGAGGUUUUGCAUCUCCCCCAAACGAAAGAGUAGGCAAAUGGGACUUCCGGGGUGGCGCCAUCGGCAAUGGCGGACUCCCUCUGAUCUGGAGGGACUAGCUCCACGCGAAACGGGUCUUUUCCGCUACGGCGAAGCGGGGACCCUUUCAAAAAUCACAGGCGGAUGAAGCCUGUGACCAUGGGACUCGGCGGGCACCCUUAGCGCCCCCCCAACCCGCAAAGGAACCCACUAACAGGCUCCGAAGCGAAGAGGGGGAAGGGGCGCGGUGCUGAGAGUCAACUGCUAUUUCCGUGGAGCAAAGCCGCAUAGGUGUUGCUGGAGAGCGCUGCCUUUUUCCUGGGACAAUUUGGCUUCUAAAAUAAUCACCCGUGAGUACUUAAAUUUCGGACAAUUGGACUUUAAAUAAGGACUGGCGAGCAGAAAGGAAUUGGACUUAAAAAUUUACUUCAAUUUGGCACUGAAACGGGAAGGUCUAAACAGGAAGUCAGCCUUCCGUUUCUUUGUAGACAGAAUAAAGCAAAGACAACGUAAACUAGAGCUCAGAAAAUAGCUUUUAAAAGAUUAACUUUCAUCAUUUUAAAAUUGUUGAACCCCCCUUCGGAAGCAGGAGAAGAAGGGGCAUCUUUUUCGGACUGUUUAAACCUGCAGAAGUGAGUUUAAAGUAAAGUAACUUUCCACCGUCCUGAUCCUGGAGCGGGGUGUCAGGACUGACGUUUGAAGCUCAUUGACCAGAGACAAACGUUUUUGACAGAUAGCUAAAAGAAGAGAAACAUAGUGAUUCCACUGUUCCCUUUCGCAUUUUAAAGGAACAAAUAUUGACAAAAUAUCUCAAAAAGGAAACUUUGUUGCUAGAUUUGUACUUAAAAGAAAGAACAAAUAGAAGUUUUCCCCCUAGAGGGAGACUGUGAAACUGUAACUAAUUCCAGGGAGCUUGCAGCUGUUACAGAUUACAAUCGUGGGAAUAGUCUUGUGACCUUGUAGGACAAUGUAUUCAGAAGCUCUGUGGUGUGCUCUCUGUAAAACAAAUGCCCUACUGGAACAGUUAAAUGAGAAGACGGAUUUGAUGACUAAUGCGGUCAGAAUUUUUGAACAGGCAGUGGGAAACUAUAUGGAGCCCACCCAGGAAUCAAAUCAGGAGUGUGCCCUGACAGAACAGAUGAGAGAAGAGGAUGUUGCUGAAUUUUGGGCGCCAGAGAUGGAGGGAGCUGUGGCCCUGCAGGAACAUGAGCUUUUGGACUUGACAAAUGAACUUGGAAAAAGCCAGAUUUGGAAAGAUAAAGUUUGGACUGGUUUGGAAAUGGGGGGUUGGAUAGACCCCCCUAUGCAGGGAUGUUUGGAUUUUCCAAGUCUGGCAAUGGGCCGUGAGAUGUUUGGGGCUGUGGGGGCUCUUAAUUUUGGAGGGAUUCUGAAACAUGUUUUCAAAUACCACAUGGAGUUUAGUCUGGUCUUUGGAAAAGGGGCUGAUUUGUUGAAAAGGGUCAAAAACAUUACCAAGCUGGAGUUCCCACGAGUGAAAGGAGAAUAUGAAGAAGAGCCGCGGAAGGGACAUGGAAGAGACUUAAGGGCCUCGGAUAUAAGGUUACCAGGUUAAUGCGCUAGAUCAAUGGGAUAAAAAGGACUGACAAAACCCGGGACCAGGAGGAAAGGACGCUGGAUGAAGAUUGGAUUGUUUUUAUUUCUUUUUAUUAUUAUUAUUAGGAUUGUUUUAUAAAAUUGAUGAAUGUUAGAAAAAUGUUGGAACGAAAUUACUUGGCUCUAGCAAAAAUGUUUAAAGAAUUAGGUAAGAAUAUUAUGGUUAUGAGAAGUUGGUAAAAAUAAGAUUUAAGUUUUAAGUUUUAAGGUUUUCUAUAAGAUAAGAUGAAAAUAGAUUAAGGUAAUGUAAUGACAGAAUAUUAUGAAAUAUGGAAAGGAUUUGCUGCGAUAAUUAAUAACUAGGAUACAAAAAAAGGGAGGAGGAGGAGGUCAAAGAAAGAAGGUAAUGAAAGUUGAGGAUUCGAGAAUGAUGGAUUUGUUUUUAUCUGUUUGUGGUGUAUUUUUGUUUUUUGAAUCUGCAUUGUUUGAUGUGGUUUGUUUUCUCUUUGUUUUCACUUUUUUCUUUUUCUGCUGUGUUUUUUUCUGUAAUUUUAAAAAUUUUCAAUAAAUAUCAUUUAAAAAAAAAAAAACACGAAAGAGUAGGCAAAUGGCAUAGGGGAAUUUAUAUUCCAGCUCCGCAACAAGUUAAGAACACCUGUGUGAUGCCUUUGGUUCUUUAAAAAAAAAAAUCCACAUAAUGCAUCUUAAAAAAACCACAUUCUUAUUUUUCUGUGACUUCCCAUUAUCACUUGAAAAGACGUUAUAUCUCAGCUCUUUGAGCUGCCUAUUUGUUUCUAACAUUACGCAAAAUAUAAAAUAUAAACUUGAAAAUUUGUUCUUCUGUUGCUCGAGAUAUAAAUCCAUUUCGUCUUGAAAAAGAAUCAAAGCAUUUACUUAAGUAAUCCGAAAAAGGGUUCUGGUCUUCUACAAACACCUCAUUUGUUAGAGUCUCUUAGUCUAGCAGUUAGUUUUGCCAUUUUGGCAUAGUCCAUUAGUUUGUUAAUCCAUUCUACUUUUCUGGGCAUUGCUGUUUCCUUCCACUUCUGCGCAUACAAAAUCCUUGCUGCCGUUGUUGCCUUCGGUUCUUUACUCCGAGGCUUCUUCCUCACUGACUUACUUUUCCUUCCUCUCCGUGCCAGGUUGUGAUUUAAUCCCAGUCCAGUACCUCCGCUGGGGCGACCCGGAACCAAUUGCUGCCGUUGUUUUCGCCUGCUUGGGUCUCCUGGCUACCAUGUUUGUCACCGCGGUCUUCAUCAUGUACCGCGACACUCCGGUGGUCAAGUCGUCCAGCCGAGAACUCUGUUACAUCAUCUUAGCCGGCAUAUUUCUGGGUUACCUGUGCACUUUCUGCCUCAUCGCCAAGCCUCAGCAGAUCUACUGCUACCUUCAGAGAAUCGGCAUUGGCCUCUCCCCGGCUAUGAGCUACUCUGCGCUGGUGACGAAAACAAACCGCAUCGCGAGGAUCCUUGCCGGCAGCAAGAAGAAGAUCUGCACCAAGAAGCCUCGCUUCAUGAGCGCCUGUGCCCAGCUGGUCAUCGCGUUUAUCUUGAUAUGCGUCCAACUGGGCAUCAUCGUUGCUCUUUUCAUCAUGGAGCCGCCCAAUAUAAAGCACGAUUUCCCGAGCAUCCGAGAAGUGUACCUGAUCUGCAACACCACCAACCUGGGGGUCGUGACUCCCCUCGGAUACAAUGGCUUGCUCAUCUUGAGCUGCACCUUCUAUGCGUUCAAGACCAGAAACGUCCCCGCCAACUUCAAUGAGGCCAAGUACAUCGCCUUCACCAUGUACACCACUUGCAUCAUCUGGCUGGCUUUCGUGCCGAUCUAUUUUGGGAGCAACUAUAAGAUCAUCACCAUGUGUUUCUCUGUCAGUCUGAGCGCCACGGUGGCUCUCGGCUGCAUGUUCGUGCCAAAGGUCUACAUCAUCCUUGCCAAGCCCGAGAGGAACGUGCGCAGCGCAUUCACCACCUCGACCGUGGUCCGCAUGCACGUGGGGGACGGGAAGUCGUCUUCUGCCACCAGCCGCUCAAGCAGCUUGGUCAACCUUUGGAAAAGGCGGGGGUCGUCUGGAGAGACUCUAAGGUAA